UUGCCUUGAGGCUUGCCCUUACCUUACCUUACUACCUUACCUACUAAUGGCCAAAAGUUUAACAUACCAUGCCCUGAUAUCCAAUAAUCUUACAUACCCUGUUUGCCGCUGUUUUAACACAGCCAAUAGGGACUCCUACCACUACAAUUGACCCUCUUCUUACAGAAUGUUCGCAAGGUCAUCAGCAGCACAGUCCACAAGCAUGUCUGCCAGCUCUGCCCCUUCAAACUUAGGAGCCCAGGCCGAAGUCAUGCCCGUCCCGCCGUCUGCUGACCUGGCCCUCAGCAAGACCCACCCGCCUGUGGCGUUUACCACAAUGAAAGAGAUGUGGGAGUUGGUCUCAUUCCAGUACAAGAUUCUAGACCAGGGGGGCGAGAAUCAGUACCUCGCUUUCGCUCGCGCAACGCCUGCGCAGUUCGAGAGCAUUGAGAAGCACAGGACCGAGUUGCGUUGCCAUGUCCGCUUCACCUAUUUUGCCGACAUCGAGACACUGAUCGUUAAGCUUCCAGGGAUGGCUCACGAGACAGCGCACAGAACCUUUGCACAGCGUCUUCAGACCCGUAUAGUACAGAUUGGGAUCGCGUUUGACGAAUUCGUUGACUUGGGAGCAUCGAAGUAUCGUUCGCAACACAGGUCUUCGAAGGAAGCUGAUUCUUCCUGGUUGAAUCAGCGCAUCAGAUCAUCGCCGGAGGCUUGGCCAUCCUUAGUUGUCGAGGCUGACAUGCCCGAAUCAAUGCUAAGAUUACGUUCGGGUGCUAGGUGAUGCCCACUAGUAGAAGGAUUAAGAUCGAGAAGUGGGAACCGGGACAGGCUCCUACUACGAGAUCAAGUGCUCGCCUCAAUCCAUCAAACGCCUAUCCUGUACAAACGGCCACAUUAGACAUCGAUCCAGGACUUACCGUCACCGGCGCACCUUUGGUUCUCGAAUUUCAAAAGAUAUUUGACCGCCCCCCCGUCCCACCCACCGAGCGCGAUAUUGUA